AUGGACUUGAAGAGCCGAUUUAGCUCGGUCUUUCGUAGACAAAGACCAAACAAUCAACCACAAGAUCCCCUGUUCGUCACGAACGUCCCUGUAGGACUGGAAGAUCCGAACAUUGAACGUGUUUCUUAUGGUGCUGCCAAUAAUGAAAAUAAUGGAAGCGGCAAUAGCAGCCAAACGGCUGUCAGUCCGGAUCUAUCUGCUCUGUCUACCUUUAACGAGCAAGAUCAGCUUAAACCAGAACCAGCUCGAACUGACAUGGUACAUCCUCCUUCGUAUUCUGCUUCUUCACCAGUACUUACGCAGUAUCGUGUGGUACUCGCUUAUACGCCUCUGGAGCCGGAUGAACUGGCCCUAAACUUGGGAGACCUGGUCGUCGUUACUGAGUCCUUUGUUGACGGCUGGAGUCAUGGAUACUCUCAAAGUAGUGGUCGAUCUGGAAUGGUCCCAAUGGCAGCUCUAGAAGAAAUACGAGAAAUACAACAUCUCACUGAUCCUCAGUUAAAGGACCUUGCUUCUAUGCAUAGCAAUACUCAGAUCGCCCGAACAGAGUCUAAUAUUCGAAAUGACGAGUUGUCGGACUUGAAGACUUGGUUGAAUCCUCCAGACUUUAGACUCACCAUGUUUACUCUGAAGGAAAAGAGGCUCAAGUCAACUAGAGGCUGGCUCUUGGAUGAACUGAAUGAAUGGAUUGUAGGGAAUGGUCAAUCUAGUGUCUAUUGGCUAUCUGGCGUAGCAGGUGUAGGCAAAUCCGUCAUAGCUGGUUGCUUUGCAGAUGCGCUAGAGAACCGGAAUCAAUUGGCGGCACACUUCUUUUGCAAGCAUGACGAGCUUGCUCGUAAUGAUCCAUUCCGUGUAAUAUCGACAUGGGCAUUCCAGUUGGCUGCCUUCGAUGCUGAUGUUAGGAGGACUUUAAGGGAUUUGCGUGAAUCUGAACCCAACUUUUUCGUGAACACGCCAUCCAUCGGUCUUCAAUUUGAACAACUCAUAGUGAGGCCCUUAUCGAGCUAUCGUGGUGGUAAAGCCGUUAUGCUGCUAGAUGCUCUGGAUGAAUGUGCUGAAGAGGGUAGUACUUUGCGGAAAGACUUUCUCGAGGCUCUUGGUAGGCACUUCGCCCGUCUUCCCAACAAUAUUGUACUGUUUAUUACCAGUCGCCCACUGCAAGAUCUACGAAAGCAGCUGUCGAACUAUAAACCACGAAUGAUGACACUGGAAGCCGCGGAUAAUUUGAACGAUAUAAAGCUGUACGCAUUUUAUCGACUGAAACACCUACGGUCGAUCUUGGACUCCGACGAAAUAGUAGAUACACUCGCCGAUAAGCUAUCCGUAAUGGCUCAUGGACUUUUCGUAUGGCUCUACCUGGCUUGCGAUGCAAUGGAUACCUCUGACGAUCCAACCCAAACUAUCGUCGAACUAGAGCAACGGUCUCUCGGCAAUGAUGAAGAUCGCAUGGACACUUUAUAUACCAGAGCUCUGGUGGCUAGUUUCAAAGGAGCUCUCGAGUCAGCAAAACAAUUAUGUAAUAGGUUACUAGGAGUGCUUGUAGCUCUCCGGACACCAAUGUCCGUAGAAGAUAUAUCAUCUCUAGUACGUAUGCCUUCAACAACGAUCAAAAUCAAUUUGACUCGUGUUGAGUCGGUACUCGUAAUAUCCAAAUCAUCAGUCCAGCUCAUGCAUAAAUCUGUUGCCGACUUUAUCACUUCCUCCGACCGAUGUAUAGGCGACGCCUUGCCAUUCUAUAUCAACCGACAGUUAGCAGAAGCGCAUUUGGCUAGAGUAUGUCUUGUAUGUCUACCAGCUGAUUUGGAUCUGAAAAUCAUUCAGGUGCAGAUCGAACGUCUGAGAGGUAUUGCACCCUCUGACACCCCUACGUAUAUAAGAUACUCCCUGAACCACUGGGGCGAUCACUUAAAUUCCGUGGAGCAGAUGGACAGUGAGUUGACAGAGAUCCUUACCCAAACUCUUCGAUCAUAUGGUCGAGCCAUGCUUAUAGUAGCGGUGCUAAAGAACUUGCCAGUCGCUCUCAAACAUAUCCUGAGAGUCGGUGGAGGUCCAAACUUAUUGAAGGCCGCUGAAGAACUAAACUUUUUCAAAUCUCCAAUACUAUUAGAGGCUGCAAUAUCGGGAAACGCUGAAGUCGGUGAUGCAUUGUUGGAAUAUGGAGGGGCUGAUGUAGAUUGCCGCAGUAAUGAUUUCUUUUGGCAGACUCCCUUAUUUGUGUCGUCCUUCACGAACAAGACAGUAGACAUGGUCAAAGUGGUGCUUCGUCAUAACGCCGAUAUUGACCUGGUGACUGGGAUUGGACUGAAAUCCGACGCAGUUUGUUCAGGUCUACCAUUGCGGCUGAUUCUUCAAGAACGCAUACGUCGAAAACGGAAACGAGACGAAUCGCGUAUGAACGACGCUAUGAAUUCUGCAAGGCUGGCAGAUGUCAACCGCUUGAAAGAGCUGCUCAAUGCCAAUCCGUCGAUGAACAUAAAUCAACAGUAUCCUGACUGCAGUAACAAGAAUCUGCUGCUUGUCGCCUGUCAGUAUGGAUCGGUUGAUGUCGCCAUAUACUUACUGGGCAUUGGAGCAGAUCCAAAUAUAACAGACGACCAAAGUCGAAGUCCACUGCACCAUGCUUGUGCCUAUGGCUCGCUGACCACUGUCAAGGCGUUGAUGGAAGCCGGGGCAAAAAUAGACGCAGAAGGUGAAGAUAGUAAAGGCCCUUAUUUCCAAAAUGCCUUUGUAAGGCCCAUUGAUUUGGCUUGUGAGAAGGGACAUAUCGAAAUAGUUAGGUGGAUGCUGGAUACAGGAGUCAGUCCCUCAGCAAUAGGGCAUGAUAAGAUUCAUCCUCUCCUGUAUGCAGCUAUGGGAGGCUCUGUAGAGGUUGCUCAAUUACUCAUAGCAAAAGGAGCCAACGUAAACUAUCAGAGUAAAUACUUUGGCACCGCAAUAUUUGCAGCUGCAUGCUAUGGAGUCCAGAACAUGGUCGUCUAUUUGAUACAUGUCGGAGCAGACCUUCAGCUUGGAUGGAAUGCUCCGGAUUUAGAAUUGGAAGUCUGUCGAGCACCAAACAUUCCGCCGUUUACAGGUGCCUGCUGGUACGCAUGUGCAGAAGCUGCUGCUACCCUGCUUGAUAAGGACCAAAUCAAUGGAAGUGGAUUCCGUCUUGAAAUGAAAAGGGGCGGAGUUUGGUACCGUUGCACAUCGACACCACUGAUAUAUGCUGCUAUUUGGGAUCAGUCCGAAUGGACGCGCACCUUGCUAGACAAUGGUGCUGACAUCGAAGGUACCAGUGUCCGACAACUAGUCCCAGAUCUAAUUGGAGGUACUGCUCUAGUCAAUGCUGUAUUUUACGGCAGACUUAAUGCAGCGAGGACAUUACUAGCAGCGGGUGCUAAUAACAAUGUACGGGUGGCUAAUGGAAAGACGUGCAUGCAUAUUGCAGCAUAUGGUCCGAUGAUUGGAGAUCGUGGAAAGUCAGACAUGGUCCGUCUCUUACGGUUUUAUAAAGCCAAUCUCGACGAUGCCGAUCCAGAUGGAAAUACUCCGUUACAUAUGGCAAUUACUAUGAAAGCUACACUGGUGGUGGAUACAUUGUUGGAGCUUGGAGCUAGAAUUGAUAUUGUAAAUCAUUUAGGAAACAGUUGCCUGCACGAAGCAGUUAGACAACGAGCUGCUGGGAUGGUCAAGGUGUUGACUGACAAUAGUGCUGACAGAAAUAUAGAGAACAAGGAAGGCAUGACGCCUUUGCAGAUUGCUGUGAAGGAGGGUUAUAAUGAGCUGCUGCAUCUGUUGAAAUGA